UCUCACAGCAGCUGCUUCAGCAUGGCUGUGUCCUUUCAUUCUAGUGACUCUCAUAUCAGCUAUGAAGUUGGUGAUUAUCAGCAAUUCCCCAAACCUGAACCUGAAGACGCUGCUUCAGAGAAGACUCCAAAACCAGAACUAAAACAUUUCAGUGUGGUUCUGCUGAGCUUUGGCCUGCUGUGUGUUCUUCAAGGGAUUCUCAACAUCUCUCUGAGACUCGCUCUGAGUGCGCCCACUGAUAAAUGUGAGACAGAGGAAGAGAGGUGUCCACAGGGCUGGCUGAUGUUUGGCUCAAGUUGUUACAACAUUUCCUCCGAGAGGAAUAGGCUGAGCUGGGACGCCAGCCGACAGAUCUGUAGGCAGAGAGGCGCCGACCUGGUCAUCAUCAACAGCAGACAGGAACAGGCUUUCCUCACUGGAUUCACCAUGCAAGCGUGGGUUGGUAUGACUGACAGGGAGGAAGAAGGAACUUGGGUCUGGGUGGAUGGAACACCAGUGAACAAAGACGGGUUGAUCUGGGCCCCUGGGCAGCCUGAUGACGCGUUUGACGGAGAAGACUGUGGUGACCUUCGCACAAUGAUUGAUUUCAUCGGCUUAAAUGACGUCAGCUGUAGUGUCAGAAUCCGGUGGAUUUGUGAGAAAAACCUUACGGUAGCUUAAAUGGAUAUGGACUGCUCUGUCACCUUGUUUUGCUGUAGCUAGUCCAAUUACUGUGUUUGUACUAUUUGUGUAUGUGACGAAUGUCAGAACCACUCGUGUGACCAGCAGACCUGCUUUGUUGAACAGCAAUAAUAAACAUAAUAAUAGCAAUG